GAGAGAGAGAAAGAGAGAGAGAGAGUCAGACGCCCAAAGCUGCCCUUGUGUCAACAAACUCUUCUGCCAUGCUCGUUAGAUCCAGAAGAAGCCUCUGGACUACUUUAUGCCUCUUUUUUUCUAUUUAAGAGACUACAGUUUUGGGAAAUAAAUGAAUACUGGAGUUAUCUGUGAAAAUACAGCACCUCCGGCAAACACUUGCCACACCUUCAGCCCUCUAACAGCCCUGCCAUCCAGCUGUCCAGAUGGGGUGCAGUUGCUGUAGCAUGAUAAAAAGUUACGCCCAUGACCCUGCAGACCCCGUGGAAAUCAAUGGGCUGAAGCAGAAUCUUGCCACCACUUCCUUAGUCUCUUCUUACCAAUGUCACAAUCUAUCAGAUGAUGGGAAAAAACAAGGCUUCCACAAUUUGGGCUACACCAGCAACACCAACCUCAGCAAAUCCGACAUCGAAAACAAUCACAUAAACCAGGCGAAAUCGAACUUGCCCCAGACACCAGAGGGCAACUCUAGUCUCUAUAUUUUGCAGCCAGACGGAGAGGUCUCUCCAACCCUCCCUAGUGCUCCACCCGUAUGUCCUGUUUCACCACUGGGCACAGAGCCUGGGAAACAAACAGAGAGGUUCCGAGACUCAGGCCUGGGAAACGGGUCUGAUGGCUACUUGUGCAGAAUGGACCAGGAAGAGGAAGGACAGCAAGGAGCAGUGGACACAGCAGACGAGGAGAGCGUCAUAUCAGUGGACAUCCAUACUAGCAGCACAAGCCUCUCCUCAGCUGACACCAAGCUCACGAUUGAUGAAUCUUUGUCUUUCUCCCCGAAAGCGGGAUCGAAGGAAAAAGACACAGAGGACACCGUGAGUGUCACAGACUCAAUGGUGGCGGAAGCACUCGCUGCCUUGGAGGCAGCCACUGCAGGGGAGGAGUACGAGUAAGAACUGGAGAUCACCGUCUGUCGUGAACAAACACCACGCACGGCCAAAGAAAGAUUUUUUCCUUAUACAUGUUUCGUUCACGAAGUCUUCAUGAAGGAUUUUUUAAAUGAAAUUUUAAACAGACUCGUAUUUGUUUACAGGUCAUACUGUGUAUAUAUAAACAGAAUAUAUAGUAUGGAUAUAUUCUGUCAAGCAUAUUUGUAGCAUGGAGUGUAUGGGCUGUUACUUUCUGAACCUUUCUCUGUGCCUUUUUAUAGUCUAUGCAAAUCCAUACUAAUGUGAUAAGCAUUUGAUUUUGUUGUUUAGUUAACAAUCUGCGAUAUUUCUCCCGAACUUCAUGAUGAUACGCCUGGAAGGGCAGAGACACAGGUGACCAUGCAAAUGUCCAAUGUGCUUAUAAGUCAUAGAAAAAAGACACACUUGUUCUUCCUUCCUAAAACAUGAACACGUUUUAGUGGAAACAGGGCUUUGAACAGGUGCACCCUCAUGGGAAAGCUUUCUUCCUGAAAUUUAAACCGACAAACCCAACACUGUAAACAUGUCCCUGUUGUCUUAUUUUGGUCUUAAUUGAUCAGUUUAUAAAAUUGUUUUAUUAUUCAGCUUCUAAUCAGGCUGAUGUUAAACUCUAACUUUUUAGUCUUGAUUGCACUAAUCUGUCAGGAAAGCUUCUGUUGACUUGGAGUUGAAGUGAACAUCUGACUGACUUUAUGAAUAUUGGUUAGCCCUGCCUCUCUAGUUACUUCAGUAGCUUCAGGAAAACCACUCAAAAUAGGAGUGCGUUCACGUUCGAGCUGCUGGGAAAACAGUGACUCACUUUCAACAUCCGUCUUCUGUAGGAGGUUAUAUGGCGAGAUAUGACAUCUACAUUUCAUGCAGACUUUUCCUAAAGAACUGUUCUACUGCUGUGGCAAUAUUUAUGCAGUUGAUAUCGCUGGGGCCAAUGAAAGUAGUUGACCUAAAAUAAUAAUUUUUAAAAAAUAUCUGUUGUGAAGUUAUGGUUAACUAAACGAGGCUCAAUAUUUCAGUUGGUGACGAUAUGAAGGACUUUGUAUUUCCACAAAACUAUGAAGGAAGCAGCACAGAAACACUUUUCUCAACCUACAUGCAGGUUCAUGUCAUCUUACAUCAUCAGACAUAUUUUCUCAAACGCUACUUUUGUAAGCUUUUACGUUUAUGGAAGUUAAACUUUCAGUUGUAAAGGAUUCUGAAAGUGUGGACUAUGUCUGUUAUAGUAGAGCCAAAAAUUUUUUUCUUUUGCAAAAUGUAUAUAUGUAAAUGCACAAAGUCACUGUUUCAUCUAUAUUUAUUGUCUUUCAUGAUGAAAUCAAUAGAGAUGUCUAUUUUAAAACAAGUUGUCAUUUUCAAAAUCUGAUCCACUUUAUUUAAUUUAACAAGAGAUAAAGGAAAAAUAAUAAAGCACAAUGCCUGUGAUCAUGACUGGUAUUGUUAGUAAUCAAGUUAUAUUUCGAAGGAAUAUGCCACAAGAUUUUUUUGCAAAAGUCUUCCAGACAGCAAUAGUGUGUGAGCAAAGACAAAAAAAAAAAAAAAAACCACACAUAAGAAUUGUGGCUAAUUAUACAUGC